GUAGUUUAAAAAAAUGAAGAUUUUCCCAUCAUGUCUUUCCAUACUGGAUCACUAACUAGCUACUGUAGAACACAGGCCUUCAAACAGUUAAGUGCUCAAGAGACCAAGCAAAGCAAUAAGGUAACUGUCUCCGAGUCAGUGUAUUCAUCGAAUACUACAGUGUUUGCCCUAGCAAGGAUUAGCUGUCUUGCUCAGACACCUCAAAUUUCAGAUCUCUCAGAUGAAUACUCAAGGCCAGCAGUGAUUGGGCAUGCAGGAAAUUUUAGCUCAUUCCCGGACAGUACUGCAGCUAUCAAAGAAAUUCUUGCAUCUGUUCUAAAUGCAUCUGGUAUUAAACCAUCUUCACUACCAGAGAAAACUGUAUUGCAGACAACUGAAGAUCCAGACAGUGAUAUGGAACACUGGGAGGAGAGUACCGAUGGUGAUUCUAAUGAUGACAGUGACACAGAUUAUACACAUCACAAUAUUGCUUCUACACAAAUGGAUGUUAGAUUUAUGAGGCAUAAGGCAUCUUGGGAUAAUACUCAGUGUACUUCUUCUAAAUCUUCACUAGAUUCCUCAUCAUGCCCACUUUAUCCUGGCAGAAGCCCCAUCACUUCGGCUUUAAAUAGCUCAUCCCGCUUGGAAAUGUCUCCUCUGAAAUGUGGUUACUAUACCCAAGUGACAUUAACUGGAGGCAAUGUCACAUCAUUGACAAACUCUGCUAUUGUGUGUUCAGAAAAAGAACUUAAAAACUCUUCAAGUUCACCAGACCAGCCUUUGCCUUUUAAAGGAAUCUCUCCAGAUUCAACAGCUAAUGAGUUGUCAGCAGCAUUUAGAAAUUCUGAGACUUUGGAACCCAUGCCACUCAGAGAUGAGGGCAGCAAUGCUUUCCACCCGCGUUCACAGUCAGCGCCCUCUGAUCAGCAAGGUGCUACUUCAGAUUUAAGCAUAGGAGCUAUUUCCUUGAACCAUUCCUUACAGGAUAUCUUCAUGCUUCCUGUAGAUGUGGAGAAGGAGAAUGCACACUUCUUGGUUGCAGAUAUGAUCAUAGCAUCUCUGGAAAAAAUGAAGUGCAGUAUCCUAAGUCAACAGGCAGAGCCCUGGAAUGCAGAGGAAACCAGUAGAUGGCUAGGCAGCUAUCAGAUCGAUUCAGAAAUAUCCUCUUGUACCAGAGUAAAGACACAAUCUGCUUCUUCUGCUUCUUCAGACAGUGGCUAUGAAGGUUGUGCUGUGCUGCAAGUCAGCUCAUCAGUAAAUCCACCAUCACAUCAUGAGGCCAGUAGAUUUCACUGUGAUAGUGACUCAGAAGAUGAAUUUGUAAUUAUUGAACUUGAAGACUUGGAAAAUAUUGUAGCAUCUCCAGAUAAAAGAUUAUCUUUUGAUCCGGGCUGCAAUUCUGCUGAAGUAACAGCACAGAAGCUUUACCAAGCAUUCAGGAAAUGUUGGUUACAGAUAGAAACUAACAUUCAGCUGUCUAGGAGCCUGAACACAACUAAGCAGAAAUAUGCGAAUAAAGAAAAUAUUCCAAAGGAACUUGAGUCUAGUGGGAAUCUGGCAGAAGAAAUAAAGGUCAAAGCCAAAUUAAGAGGAACCACAGACUGGGCCCCACCUAGGUUUCAAAUAAUAUUUAGUAUUCACCCAUCACUCAAGAGAGAUGCCGUUGUAGCUGCACAAAACUUUACUUGUGCUGGUUGUGGAACCCCAAUAGAACUCAAAUACAUCAGGAGACUCCGGUAUUGUGAUUACCUGGGGAAAUACUUCUGUGACUGUUGCCAUAGCUAUGCGCAAACUUCCAUCCCUGCCAGAAUAUUGAUUAAAUGGGACUUCAAAAAGUACUAUGUCUGUAACUUCUCCAAACAUCUCCUGCUCAGCAUAUGGCAAAACCCCAUCUUCAAUGUGUCGUAUAUCAACAAAACCCUCUAUACAAAAGCAAAGGAACUGAACAGAGUCAGGGAGAUACAAGAACAGCUUUUGCAUAUUAAAAAACUACUGAAAACCUGCAGGUUUGCUAAAAGUGUAUUGAAAGAAUUUGAACAGGUUUCCAGCCACCUGACGACAGAGCUGCAUCUGUUCUCAAUGGAUGACUUGGUGAAGAUUAAACGAGGGCUGUUAGUGCCUCUUCUCAGGGAUAUUCUAAAAAGCUCCACAUCUCAUGUAGAAAACUGCGAGCUUUGUCAAGCCAAGGGAUUUAUUUGUGAAUUUUGCCAGAGCUCAGAUAUACUCUUCCCAUUUCAGACUGCCACAUGCAAAAGAUGUACAGAUGCUUCUAAUGAAGCCAGCCACAGAAGCGGCUCAUGCACUCAGAAAUGUUGAGCUAUUGCCUGAACCUAUAUCACUCACUCCUGCUCCUGUGGUACUUGCCUCAGUGGUGACGGCACACAUGAUUCAAGCUUCACUGCAACACCAAUGGACACCCACUGACAGAGACCCCCAACAUUUACAGGAGGGGUUAUUGUAGACAUUGAUCUGGAUAGCAUGUCCCAAAGGUACUUUCUCCCUAGCUAAAUGCCUUUAAGACACUGGAUCUGCUUCUGUCAUUCAAUGUCUAAUUUCCUAUGGGAUUUUCAAACACACUUCCCCUUAAAUAUCCAUUCAAACACUAAUGCUAUACUAAAAGAGAAUGGGACUCUGAAACUGGUAGCUGUUGCGAUUCACUUCCAAGCUGAAAAUCUUUCACAAUACACAUUACAAAUGGGGACACUUCAUAUACAGUUCUUAUCUUCCUGUGGCUGGAAACAAAAUGUAAAUGUUUAUUGCAUAGAUGUAAGAUUAUCAUCGAUUAUUGUUAUCUAAGAUCUGCAAACAGACAUGAAACUCUGCUGAGAAGUGAGUGAUGUCAAAUGGUGAGACACCUACAGAGUUGGCUACAUUUAAUAUGAUGCAAGUGUUAGUUGCUGCAUCUGUACACAAAACUGAAUAAGCCACAUUAAUGGAUUUGCUAUAGGGAUUUACAUUUUAUGAAAGAAAUUGCCUUAAUCCCUGUAUAGAACAAUUUGCAGGACUACUGGGUUUGUUUAAAUAAGGGGAAAAUGUUCGCUUAAGCUUUACUUGGUUGUGUGUGCUUUCCGUGAAUAAUCUAAUGAAUGAGUUUUCACGCACAAAUGUUUGCAGAAAGAGGAAUGUUAAAAUGAGUUUUUGUGCAUGUGCACACAAAUAAUCUAUGCUAAUUUUAAUCAGGCUGGUUGAAUACCACUUAAAUCACCUGACCAAUCAUUGCUAAGCAUCACCACUUGAAUUCAAACUUCAAAUUCAAAAGUUGAGUUGAAAAACAAUAAAAGACCUUUGAAUAAAUUUGAAAAUCACAAGCUAGUGAAGGGGGAAAGGGUAAACGUGUUUUAAAAAAAUCAUUACAAGUUUUUUCACUUAGCCUAUUUAUUAUAUAAUUACAGAACUUUCAUAUCCCACAGUUCUCCUCUUCCCUUCAUCUUUCUUUUGGAGCUGCUGAAAUUCUGUAGUUGACUGACACAUACCUCAAUCCGCAGUAGUAUCCUGGCUCGCCUGCUUGGUGGAAGCGCAGACCCAAAUAAAUGGUCUAUUUCUUUAAA